AUGGGGGAUCGGAAUACAUCUCAACCUUCUGCCGCCGGCGCUCUGCUCUCCUCCGGUCAAGAUGCUGAGAUCAAUCCGCGGAUGAUGGUUUCACGCAACCAUGAGGUCCUGCAGAAAAUAUGGGAGAUCGAGAAUUCUCUACGUGAACUUUGCGAGAGAAGGGAGAUAGAGAAAUCUCCGGGGGAACUAGGCAAGAUAUCGAAGAUAGAGAAAUCUUUAGCCGCGCUUUGGGCCCAGCAAAUCCAACUGGUCGAUUUGACGAAAUCAAUGUCGGAGCAGCUUCGCUCACUACAACGCAGUCAACCUGAAAUGGCGGCGAUUCCAAAUUCCACGGUGGAUAAGGCCGUUAAUCCUUACCCAAGGUCAGUGAAUGGCUUAGUGGAUUCCAUGAAUUGA